UUUUCUGUAGAUGGGUGCCCAUGCGCUGUAUGUGUUUUAAAAUUGCAUUGUGGGACAGUUGGUUCGUGAAGUUUAAGUCGCCAUGUUUGAUGUUUGUGUGAGUAGUUGUGAGGAAUCUAGUCAAAAUUAUUAAAGUGUAAUCUGUUUGUGUUGAUACUUAAAUAAUCUUUCAAGCUGGAUAGGCUACCUGAAUAUCUCCGCGAUACCGUGGAUUGGUUUAUGGGGAAAGCUCGUCGGAAAGAUAGAGAACCGUCAACUCCGUGCUCUGAUGAUCCAAAGUUGUACCUGGAAGAAGCUGUGUUGGAGCGCAAAUUACCUGAUAUUGACCUGCGAGUGUUGGUAGACCUGCCAGCUGGCUUGGAUUACAACGAGUGGUUAGCAUCACAUACAAUUGCAUUUUUUGACCAUAUCAACCUGGUAUAUGGAACCAUCUCUGAAUUCUGCACCAUGUCGGGAUGCCCAGAUAUGACAGGCCCAGGACUGAGGACUUACCUGUGGUUUGAUGAUAAGGGCAAGAAGACGCGGGUUGCUGCCCCCCAGUACAUAGACUAUGUGAUGACAUUUACGCAGAAGACCAUCAGCGAUGAGUCUAUCUUCCCUACUAAGUAUGCAAAUGAGUUUCCAAGUUCGUUCGAGUCUAUUGUUCGCAAGAUCCUGCGUCUCCUGUUCCAUGUGUUGGCACAUCUGUAUCACUGCCACUUUCGGGAGGUAGUAUUACUAAAUCUACAUGCGCACCUGAACUGUGUCUUUGCACAUCUGACACUGUUUAACCAUCGCUUCCAGCUCAUUGAGCUGAAGGAAACUGAGAUCUUACAAGAUCUGGUGCUUGCGUUGAAAGUGCAUUCUGAUGGUUUGGACUUGAGUUGCAAUGAAGAUAAGAAGUGUGGUGGUUUGGACAGUGACUCUGCAGUCUCAAUGGAAGGCUUGCAACCAUCUACUGACGUGAUGUGCAGCGUCGAGGACAAGAACGUCUUAGAACCUGAUCUCAUAUUAAUGUCAACUGCUACGGUUGACAUAUCGAAUGAAGAAAAGGAUGUGAGAAGUUGUGAGAUGAGAGAAUUUUGUCAGGAUAAUGUUGGCAGUGGCCACUAGUGAGAUAAUGUAUCUUGUUGUUAAAGUUGUUGUUUGUAAGGCAAGAAGUAAGCAUAUGCUGUUUGUAGAUGUAACAGUUUUAAGCUUUAGACGGCAGUGGUGCUUACAGCUAUUACAGUAAGGUAUAUGUGGCACUGGUCAGUUGCUUUAGCAGAGUCAGUCUCUACCACACAGUCAGAAUAGAGUGUACACACACACACACAUACACACACACAAGCAGACAUACAAGUGAACACAUAUCUUGGCAAAUUGAGUACCCUUUGUUAAUGGGCAUGUGAUAAAGUAGUGUUAGGUCCAUGAUAUGUAUGCUGCAGGAUUUAGAACUGAAAUUUCUUAUUAGCAGAAAUAUAAGGAAAUGAAGAAUCUCACAACCAUUCAUUUCUUUCAAACUGGUUUGGAGUAAAUGUCCACUUCUCCAUACUUAGUGCUGUAUUUCCUUUAGGGGCAUUUAGAUAUUUGAAAACUUGAAUUCUAUACAUUUAAAUAACUCAGAAUUUAAUUAAGUUAUUUGUAAGUACCAGGUUAAAGUCUCGAAUAAGAAAAUGUGUACAUCGACAGAGCUUGUGGUGUAGCUUGUAAGUUAAUAUGAGUUAAUGUAGCAUAAACCAUGGUUUGUUGAAGGGUGCUCAGGAUGAUUGUGUCAAAGAAAGCAGAUCAAAUUGCACUGGUUGCAGAAUUCAAACCAAAUGAAUGCUAGAACAAUGUGAGAUCUGAAACUACUAGAACCUCCAAAAACCAAAAAAAGACGAUAGGAUUUGAGGUUCUCAUGGUGGUGAGUAUGAAGAUGGCUGUUUUCUGGAUUGUAGUGCUGUGUAGUCUGUGAGAAGUUUACUAAUGUUUUAGACGUCCUAGCUGCUUCCAUCAUCAGGAUGAUUGGUAAGCCGUGCAUGUGGAAUCGGUUUGAGGAAAAGGGUAGCCCCUGGCCCCUGGCUCCUGGGCCCUUGCCAGUCCUAACCCUACUUCCCGCUGGUCCAGCCAGUGCCUUGACUGACUGGUUCCUUUUUCUCAAACUGAUUCCACGUACGUAGUUUGCACGUCGCCCUGUGAUGGAGCCAGCACAUGAUGCUACAACCUAGAAGACAGCCAUAUUCAAAAAUAGAUGAUACUUUUAUAAUGAGUUUCAAAGAAACAUUAAAGAGACAGAAAUGAGUUUAGAACAAAAGGCUAUCACAUGGAACUAACUUAGUGAAAGAUGAGAAUCAUAGUCUACUUGGAGAUUGCCACAAUAUUUUGAAAAAGUGGAUAAAUUACUUCUGUAAGGUUGUCGUAGCUGGUAGAUAGUUGAGCAGAUUGCUGUUUCCUGUUCCCCUUGGUUCAUAGAUGUAAUUUUGAUUGUGUCACAUUUCAUACCCUUACGCUUGUUGAUAAAUGGGGAGGGCCAGCUUCCUGGUACACACUGUCACUAGAGGAAGUGACGCUGCUAAUGAUUAAAAAAGGACAACAGCAGUACAACCUUCUCAUCAUUUCAUGGGCAUUGCCCAGGUGUCUGGCAACAAUGAUAAAAGCAACAGUAACAAAUUAUUGAUUAACAGCCCUAAAAUUGAUGUACCAGUGGGAGUACAGACAAAUGGCUCAGUGCUCAGUUCCCAAUGUUCAAUCAAUAGAUUCUCUUUGUCAUUGUUCUUGUAACUUGUGAUCUGAAGCUCAUCAUUGUGCAUAAGUACAUUCUUCAUUGGUGACUGUGAAUGCAUUUUAUCUGAGUGUGUUCCUUGUUUGAACCUAAGCCACAGCAGUCAAAUUUAAAUUUCGGUGGAUAAUGUUCUUCCUGCUGUGAUGGAUCUGAUCAUACUUCUUUCAUUAUAUCCUGUGCAGUCUGAUAAAAGUGAGAGUAUUCCAUGUUCUUAGUUACUGUGACAAUAUUUAUUAAAUAAACUUACAGGCCUUGUCAUCAAAUGACCAGGCAUUGGUACCUGAAACAAUCAGUUUUACAUAACUUUGUUUUACAUAAAAUUAUGUUUGUAUCUGAUGGUGUUUGAUACAGAGUGGACAGAAAUUAUCUUUAUAAUUGUAAACUCAAAUAAAACACUUCAAAAAUGAUAUACACAUACCGGGUUAAUUUGAGUACAUCAUAAAGUAACACUGAAACCUUACAUAUCCAAUAUGGGCAUUAUUUGUUACACAUAAAAUGUCAAAAUGGUAUUUGGUCUCUCUGUGUCUGUUGUACCAUUUCAAAGUUGA